AGAAGCUGAGACGAAGGGAGAGUGCAGUGCCCCUUCUCUUCCACUUCCUCUGAGGUGGCUGUAACUUGAGACCCUGCUCCACUGGCUGCUGCGUGCCCGUCUCCUUGGACACCAGAGGCUGCAGGAACUAACUUGUAUCAAACACACAGCAGCUAGCCGCUAGCUAACCUCCUGCUCCAGGCCAUGAGGGGUCUAUUGACCACAAGGGACCAGCACUGCUGGACGGAAUUGAUUGAGAAAGAGGCUUUCAGCAGGAUCAGCUGGAAGGUGAAGUAUGGGCACAAGUUCCCCAGGCUCGAGCCCUGCAGUGGUCCCAGGAGGAAAUGUAUUCUACCUGCUAUCUGCCCUCCCAAGGAGCAGGAGAAGAGGUUCAGUCCCCCUAGGAUCCAGGAGGAGGAAACUGGCUUUAAGAAGCAGGGGGAGGGGGUAAGCCUCCCCAGGAAGCAGGAGGAUAAGGGUCAGGAGCCCGUUCUUAAGGAAAUGAGACCUGCUACCCCCAACACCAAGCUUCUGCUGUACCAGGGCAUCACUCAGGAAGGCCAAGGGAGGCACCUGUACCUGCAGGAGAGAAAGCUGAAGAGACCUGAGGAGAAAUUCCACUAUCCAGUCCUGUCAUCCUGGGAGUAUGGCUGGCGCUUAGGAGACAUUAUUACUGAAAUCAAGGCUCCACUUCAUGCCAGGUCUGGAAUUGUAAAGGAUACUUUCUACAUCAGAAGUGGAGUCUUCCAUCAUCCAUCAAAAAGUGACAGGCUGUCGUGAGCUUCGGUGUUUGUUACAAACAUUAAAAAUGCAAAACUUCUUGUUGUUGCCUAGUGUGACUGGUUUUAUGUCAGAUCUGCUAACUCUGUAAUUAUUUCCCUCUUUAAUUGUUUCUCUGCGAGACCAGUUUAAGGUUUCUAAUUCAGAAUCUGCUCUAGUCUCUGUAUAUUUUUAACUUUCUAAUGUAUUCAUUUGGCACUAAUUUUGUUUUAUUUUCAGGCUGUCUUCUGGAUUUAAAUGUACCUGCAACAUAAACCAUGUAACUUGAUUACUCUAAGGUAGAAAACCUGGGAGUUUUCACUUUGUUUCCUUGUCUAGGUUAUUGCAUAAAAAAAUUUUUAAAGAGCCCGUCUACAGCUGAACAAUCAUAGUUCCACAGCAGUGACUUGGGCAGAACUAAACAACAUGAAACCUAGUGAAAUAAAAUCCAUUCAGUGAAAGUGAUGAUAAAUUCCUAGGUAGUAAUAUGUCUAAAAGAUCACUCCUUUAAAUAUUUUGUUUCAUUUUAUAUAGCAUCUAAUAUCCCCACAAAUAACCUUAGCAUUUGACUGAAAUUUGAUAGUAGCAGGAAGUCUCCUUUAAUUGUUUCAGGCCUAUAAAUUACUAGAGAAACUAAUAUUGUAGAAUCCCUGAUGAUCAUGUUCUAAAACAAAGCAGCACUUUACCUUGAGACAACUCUGUAUUUUGGUGGUAUAUGCACCGAUGUGGGAGCCAGGAACACAAGUUCCCCUCGUUGCUCUGAUACGGAUUGUGUCUGACUUUGGGUAAGUCAUGCAACCUCUCUGCCUCAGUCUUCCUUCCCUGUGAUAAGGGGAAAGCUCUUUACCUAAGUAUGUUGGGGACUGGGGUGAUGCAUAUUAGUCAAUGCUCUGAAAAGCACUUGAAAAAUGAAAAGUAGUUAACGAUCUUUUGUCUUCAGAAUCAUCCAUUCUCAUAGACCUUUGUUCUUUACCCAGUUUUUCUCUGUAGUUACUUUAGAUCAUUUCUUUUACCUUUCACCUGGUUUCCAAUUUCAGUCCCUAAGCUAACCUUUAGCAACUAGUUUACAGGUCUAUCUGUCUCUUCCCCUCUCCCACUAGGAGAAAACCUUAAGAGGUGCCAGGAAACUUGAGGGCUGCAUAGUAGAAGAUGCGGAGGGGGCACCGUGAUGAUUAAUGCUGCUUCUGGUUGCAUAUGAACUCGACUGGAUUUGUGCUCAGAAAUCUUGAGAUCAGCCAGGGAAGUUGCACAAAGCUUCUAACCCCCACUCCAUAUCUAGCUCCUCCCACACAUGGCUCCACUGCUUAAAUCUACCAAGCACCAGGGGUUCUCAGAGGCAAGAAUAAUUCUAUAAAGCUGUAAAAAGAAAAGGAGUUCUUGUGCCACAAGUACUCCUUUUCUUUUUGCGGAUACAGACUAACAAGGAUGCUACUCUGAAAUCUAUAAAGCUGAUAUCCCAAACCCCGCAAACGUUCACGCUCCUCCUUACACCCAUCCAAGCAAGGUUUACUAGAGCUGGGUCACUUCUCCUGGAGGCAGAUUGAACAAUCCAGUCCCAAGAAAUUUCAGUCCAUAUUACUGGGUCCAUGGAAUGUUGUUUUACAAGGUACUUUGUGAUGAUCACUAGGUUGUUAGGCUGAACAGAGUCUGAGGGGGAUGGCACUUUAUGCCAUGCUAGUAUGGCCCAGCUGUUGCAGGGUCUUCAUCUACCUUUGCAUCUGCUUUCUUUAAGAACGUGUCUGUCGAUCAUACUAAACCUCGAAAGAUAAGGCUGAAACCUGAAGUCAAAAACUAUGUUUAACACUCCAAAGUAGCUGAAGAGCCUCUGAGAGCCUGGUAACUUGGGAAAAGGAGAACAGCAAAUACCAUUUCUUGUAGAAUAUUACAGAGCAGUUGUUAUCCUGGGAGCCCCCAUGUGAGGUGUAGAAUUCAGCAUCUAACCCAAAUAUGUCCAUGUCUCUAGAAAAAAUUCAUUGUUACAAAAGCCUUGAAAUGUCCAACUACCUGAUUCCUAUUAGUAAAUCUUUAUUUAUUUUUUUUUUAAGAGAAUUUCCCCUAUAUUAUGGCCACUCGGAAAUAUGAAGGCAUCUUUAACAAGCAUUCAUUAAUAUAUUCUGUGAAGUUUUCUGUUUCAAGGAAAAAGUAUGAAUCUUCCAAGUUUUUCUGGCAUUGCACAUGAAUUCCUGGUACUAAUAGGGGAAAAAACCCACCUCCGCAUUCUUUUGGUCGUUCAUUGAAAUGCCACUGUUUCAGUACUGGUACCUCCUUGAGAGUCAGAGGACGUAGAAUGACUUGCCAAACUAAUUUUUCAUCGUAAGUCCACACUUACAAUUAAUAAUCAGUAGGACUCUUAUUUUAAAAAGUUAUCGAAAGAAGCGCCGUUGCAUUACAGCAUCUGUUUCUUGCCAGACAUCUACUUUGUGUUGCUUCCCAAAGGAUCUUUGGGAACAGGCCUUUAAAUUUCAUUUUGGAAUUUGUCAGAUUUUUAGUGUUGAUUUAUUUAUCUAAAUUGUGCAUUCAUAUUUGUAUGUACUGGACGGUAUCAAAAAAUUUUAAAGCUAGCACUGUUACUAAAUCCAUCUUUACUAGGAUUUAAAACUCAUUCACUCUAAUUUUGCUAGGAUUUAAACUUCAUAUUUUUCAUAACAAAUAGCCUAAUGUAUCUGAUCAUUGGUUUUUUUUUUUUUUUUUAGUUAAAAGGAAAAGUGUCUGUACGAGAGUGUCAAUAUUUGUGUUUGGCAGUUCUGUACCAUCAUUUAGCUGCUCCUUUGGAAGGAGCCAGUUCUACAAAUGCUUUCAUGUACUGACCUUGAAGCAGCUUGCUGAAUGGAGAAAGAGUAGAGGGGACUAAUAAAUCCUGCAUGACAAGAAAACCAAAAUGAACUUCUGCACAUCAGAAUGUAUUUUACUAUUUUAAUAUUGUAUCAGCAUUGUGCAGGAGAAAUCUGCAAUAUGGACCAUCAAUGGCUGUAGAAAGAUCAAUUCCUGUUUUCAGACGUACUCACUGAAGCCCUGAUUCUGCAAAGCAAUUAUGUGUGUGCUUCACUUUAAGCAUGUGAGUAAUCUCAUUCAUGUUUAGCAAAGCAUGUUUAACUUCAUUUGCUUAAAGUUAAUAAUGUAAGUGCUUGCGUGCCUUGUUGAACAGGGAUGAAUUUGCUUGUGUACUUAAAGUUGAGCACAAGGUUGAGUGUCUUGCAGACUUGGGAGCACAGAAAAAGCGGUUUGCAUGCACCUUAGCUGUGGCCCAGCUCAAACUAAUGAGCCAUGUUCUGUAGUGCUAGUGAGCUGCCAUGCAUAUCAUAAAUACGAGUCUUGUUAUGAGUUGACUGAACUCUACAAAUGUGCUUUUUGAAAGGCUGAUAAAUGUGACCAAUCAAUUUCAGAUUUAAUUGUUACAUUCUAAACCAGCUCUGCAAUUACCUUCACAGAGAAGGAGGAAUGGGUGAGAUGUAGACAUGGCUAGAUCAAAUGCCCCUCUUUUAAACAGACACGGGGGAUCAGGGAGGACACUGUCAGUGAUUUUCUGCAUCUACAUUUUUCUCAUUGUCAUUGGCUCUGCUGUGAAAUAUCACAAGAGCACCUUUGUUAUGCUCACUGUUCUGCUGUUUACUGAAUUGGUAGUGAUGGCAGGCAUCCUCCAAAAGCCAUUCAAAUUCAGCAGAGACUCUUAUUGGCAUCAAUAGGCUUUGGAACAGACCCCCAAGGCCUGCUUCUGGUGAGGUUCUUUCAUCUCCUGUUUGGGAGAGUGGUUGUAAGUGUUGAUUCGGUAGGAUGUACUGUACUCCAUUUUAUGCAGUUGUUGUAGCCGUGUUGGUCCCAGGGUAUUAGAGAGACAAGGGAGUUGAGGUAAGACCGUUUA